CCUUCUUUUGCCCUUAUUUUAUAUUAUACAUGGGAAAAAGGAACUAAGCUCUAAAAAAGACGUCCAUGCCCCAGCUCCACUGCCUCACAUAUCUGAGCGUACACUAUAUUAUCAGUACCGGCGGCCCAAGGAGUAGUAGCAUUUGCUUUAUAACUCCUGUCUUCCGAUCAAGAAACCUAAAGUAUUCUCACAAGAAGAUGGGUUUGUGCAAGCUUCAAAGCACACUUACAGCUCUCCUCUGUCUCAACAGCUUAUUAGCUCUGAUGAUCCCUUAUUCCCUAGCCCAAAAUAACCCACAAGACUACCUUGACGCCCACAACACAGUCCGAGCACAGGUAGGGGUUGGCCCCAUGACAUGGGACAAUGAGGUAGCAGCAUACGCACACAAAUAUGCUAACCAGAGAGUCGGAGAUUGCGAUCUGGUGCAUUCUGAGGGACCAUAUGGGGAGAACUUAGCCAUCGGCGGCGCCGGAACUGAUGCCAUCAACAUGUGGGUCUCCGAGAAACCAUACUAUGACUACAAUUCCAACUCCUGCAAAGGGGAUGAGUGUCUUCACUAUACUCAGGUGGUUUGGCGUGAAUCAGUUCGUCUUGGGUGUGCAAGGUUGAAGUGCCAUAAGGACAAUGAGGAGUUCUUCGUUAUCUGUAGUUAUGAUCCCCCAGGCAACAUUGAAGGCCUGCGUCCUUACUAGCUGAAUCUGUUCUAAUUUUCUUGUUUCGUAAGGACCUGUGUUCAAGCUGCUCUUUCAUGGAUCCUUCCUGAAGAUGAACUUCAAUUUUAGCAUUUCCUUCUAA